AUGGCAGAUUCAGAAAUGAAACUGUUGAAGAAGCAACGUAGUGUUGCUAAGGGACUUGUGACGAGGACUCUUAAGGGUGUUGAAAGCAUUAGGUUGGAUGUAGAACACUUACCUCAGGUGAUGGAAAUAAGUGAGAAAGUAGGCAAGUAUUUUGAUCAGUUCUUGGCAUGUCAUAAUAGGUAUCAUUCUGCUUUAGUAGACCUUGAUGAAAUAAGGAAAUCCAACGAGUAUUGUGACAGGGUUAUUUGCCUCAUGCGCGCAUUCAGGGCUGACAUUUCUGCUUGGGUUGAUUAUGCUGAACAAAUGGCAAUUGAUGCAACUCGGUCAGAAUCUGUAGUCAGUGUCCAACCUCAGGAUUCAGUUUCGAAUGUAGGGUCUGAUAGGUCUGCCAAGAGCAUGAAAAGUGGUUCUAGUAAGACUAGAAGUUCCACCAGCAGCAGGUUAUCGUACGCCCUUAUGGAAGCUGCCACCUCCAGAGCCAUGUAUGAAGCAGAGGCUGUUCUGCUACAGGAACGCCAGGCCCUUGCCAAGAAGGAGCUUGAAUUGACCCAGGAGAAAGAGGCCCUAGAGCUGAAGACAAAGGUCGCAAAAGCACGAGCCAAGGAGAAGGCCUACCAGGACCACUCCCUCGUCAAACCUGUAGAUGUACAGGAUGUUCGUGUCCGUGAUGAGUCAUGGAAGUCAAGCCUCAAUCCGGACAUACCUCCCUUCAGGCCUAGAAUGCCAAGUCUGAUGUGCCAUAGUACGCCAACGCAAGAAUCACCUGUCACACGAGAGGUAAAGUUUACCGAUGGUCCUGUAUUUAGACAACCCACAUCAAGCCGCCCAGCUGGCAGUGAUGGAGCGUGCCAUCAACAUCAAGACGGAUGCCAAUUAUCAGAAGUAUCGAAUAUCACAACAACAGAGUCUGACACGCAUCACAAUAGUAGGCCUAAUGACACUUACCAGGUCAAGGAAGCAUGCUCACCAGGAAGUCAAGAUGUGAGUUUGGCUUUGUCAACUUUACCGGAUGCAUUGUUGCGAGUUCUCGACCAAGGGCAGAAGCAACAACAACUGCUUCUGGACACCUUACAGCUCCCCAAGGUUGACUUGAUGACGUUCGAUGGUGAUCCAUCGAAGUAUUGGAUGUUCAUCAGAGCAUUUGAACACUCUGUGGACAAACACACCCUAGAUGACAGUGUCAAACUUAGCAGGCUAUUGAGGUUCUGUACUGGCAAGGCCAGGCGAGUGAUAGAAAGCUGUGCAGUGAAAGAGCCUGCUGCAGGCUAUAAGUUAGCCAGGAGCCUAUUGAAGGAUAGGUUUGGUAACGAUUUCGUAGUGUCCCAAACUUGGGUGGACAAGAUAACAAAUAGGAAACCCAUUAGGGCCUCUGAUCCGGAAGCUUUAAGGGAUUUGGCCGAUGACCUGCGGAAUUGUGUUGAAACAUUGACAUCUAUGGGUAGGCUAGAUAGGCUUAAUGAGAACAGCCUAGUUCAAAUAAUCGAAAGAUUGCCGCUGUACUUACAAAAUAAGUGGAAGGGGGCAGCCUACAAAAUAAGGCAGGAAGCAAGAUCACCUUCCAUUCAAGAUAUGUUGUGGUUUGUCUCGAAGGCAGCAGACGAGGCAAAUGAUCCAGUUUUCGGGAAAUGUGGUCUGAAAGAUGCCAAAGAUGACACCAAGAAGCCAAAGGACUUUAGGACAAGAUCAUCAGGAAAAUUUGGACCUGCAUCCUUUGGUACCCAAGUAGAUGACGACAAGAAAGGUAAUAGAAGUUGCCCAGUGUGCCAUGAGGCCCAUCUGCUGUACUUGUGCAGUAAGUUCAAGGCCAUGAAACCCCAAGAGAGGAUGUCAGUUGUUCGCCAGGAAAGAGUAUGUCUGAACUGCCUAACUCCAGGUCAUUUUGUGGCUCGAUGCACGAGGACGAUGACGUGUGGGGUCAGUGGUUGUACCUUGAAGCACAACAGACUUCUCCACAUAGAUAAGCCACCAAAGCCCAAGCCUCCUGAGAUUGGUGCCAAGAAAGUUGAAGAUGCGGUGAAGAAACCAGAGGGAACAUCUUCAUCAAGUCAUGUCACUGGGGCCGGUAGGACACACGUGAUGUUGCCAGUUGUUCCAGUAAGAGUCAGGGGACACGAUGGUGGUAAGUUUGUAGAAACGUACGCUUUAUUGGACAGUGGAUCAACAACCACUUUCUGUUCUGAGAGCAUUGUUAGAGAGUUAGCUUUAGCAGGAACAAUGUCUACUAUGGAGCUGACCACCCUGGAAAAUGAUCGUAAAUCGGUAACUACCUUUGAGUACAAACUAGAAGUAACGGACCCUCACGAGAAGGAGACGAUUGCACUGCCAAAGGUGUUCACCAGGCCAACUCUGAAUAUAAAUCAAGGUGUGGUCGUACCCAAAGAUCUAGAAGAUUGGGGACACCUUCAAGACCUGGAUUUGCCAGUUGUAGAUAGUCACCGGAUCGAGCUGUUGAUUGGCCAAGAUGUACCCGAAGCGCUGAUACCACUCGAGGUGAAGAGAGGUGAGAUCGGAGCACCAUAUGCCAUCAGGACUGCUUUGGGAUGGACCCUUAACGGACCAAUUGACUCACAUAACCAGUGUCACAUGGUUAAUGUCACAACCACCGUCAGUGACCUAGGACUGCAGAAGCAGGUAGAAAAGCUAUGGAAGUUGGAAAACGUAGGGGGAGAUGACCAAGGCAUGUCAGUAAAUGAUCGCAAGGUGAUCUCUCUGUGGGAUAAGUCCAUCCAGCACAAAGACGGCCACUAUGUUCUGCCCAUCCCAUUCAAGGCUACAGAUCCAAGUCUGCCAGACAACCUCAUCAUGGCGAAGCGGCGAUUGGAACAUCUUGGGAGGAGGCUGCAAAAGGACCUGGACCUUCACCGGAAGUACACGGCGGAAAUAGAUCUUCUACUAGAAAAGGGGUAUGCAGAAGAGGUCCCACGAGACGAAAUUAGUCGGAGAGAUGGCGGUGUAUGGUAUCUGCCACAUCAUCCGGUACUGAACCCUAAGAAGCCAGAAAAGACCAGGAUAGUGUUCGAUUGCGCUGCAAGAUUUCGAGAAACGUCACUGAAUGAUCGAGUGCUCCAAGGUCCCGAUCUUACAAAUAAGUUGGUGGGUGUCCUGAUAAAGUUCAGACAGGAACAUGUUGCCUUCAUGGCGGACAUAGAGGCAAUGUUCCACCAAGUUGAAGUCGUCAAGAAUGAUCGCGACACACUACGCUUCCUGUGGUUUGAAGAUGGAGAUAUAUCAAAGGACCCAAAUGUCUACAGAAUGACUAGGCACCUUUUUGGAGGUGUUUGGAGCCCCAGCUGUGCCAAUUAUGCUCUGAAAAGGACAGCAAGAGACAACGAAGCCCACUUCAGCCUUGAAGCAAAGGAGACGGUGGAGCAGUGCCAUUACGUGGAUGACUGCUUGAAAUCGGUCCCUGCUGAAGCAGGAGGGAUUAAAUUGGCACACGAGGUAUGUAAGCUGCUGGCCAAGGGUGGUUUUCGUCUGACGAAAUGGAUCAGCAACAGCAGGGAGCUACUCAAGACAUUGCCUGCAGCAGAAUUGGGGAAAGGGGUAAGGAACCUUGACCUAGACAAAGAUGGACUGCCGACAGAGAGGGCGCUUGGGAUGUUAUGGGAUGUGAGUGAAGACACCUUCCGACCCAGCAUCAGCAUACAAGACCGUCCUCCCACCAAACGAGGGGUCCUCAGCAUUCUGAGCUCCGUCUACGACCCGCUUGGUUUGGUAAGCCCUUACGUCCUUUUGGCAAAGAUCAUAUUCCAGGACCUUUGCCGGAGCAGUAUUGGAUGGGACGACAACAUGCCGGAUAGCCACCUAGAGCAAUGGAGAAGAUGGUGUGAUGAUCUUCGGAAGUUAGAGAGGUUUAAGGUCCCUCGCUGCUUGAAGUCGAAAGGUUUGGGACCCUUGGUGCACAACACACUACAUCACUUUUCAGAUGCUUCCGAGAGAGGUCUAGGCGCUGUCACAUAUCUCAGAACAGAAGAUGCUGAUGGUGAAGUUCACUGUGCCUUGGUGAUGGCUAAGGCGAAACUGGCUCCAAUAAAGGCAACCACGAUCCCAAGGCUGGAGCUAGCUGCGGCAGUAGAAUCGGUGAAACUGGACAAGGUGAUCCGGAAGGAAUUAGAAAUUCCCAUUCAUGCUUCAGUCUUCUGGACUGACAGCAUGAUAGUCCUACAUUACAUCGCGAACGAAGAGAAGCGCUUCCAGACCUUUGUUGCAAAUAGGGUUGCAAAAAUACAUGAAAGUUCAUCCCCUUCUCAAUGGAGACACGUGGAUACAGAUACAAAUCCUGGAGAUGACGUAUCACGAGGCCUGACAGCGGAUGAACUGAUUACAAACAAGAGGUGGUUGUAUGGGCCAAGCUUCCUAUGGCUCCCGGAGUGUGACUGGCCGCAGACACCAGCUAUAAACAUACAAGAAGACGACAGCUUCAAGUUGGAGGUGAAGGUCCAAACAAAGGUUUAUGCAACGGAUAAACUAGAGGGAGCAACAGCCAAGGGUGAUGUAAUCAAGCGCCUCAUAGAAAGACACUCCAGUUGGAGCAAGCUCAAGAAGUCGGUAGCAUGGAUCUUGCGAGCUAAGACGAUGCUACGAAACAAGGCCAGGAAUCGCCAACACAAUGGUGUUGGUGUCGUGCCCAUUGAGUCAGGUAGUAUAAAGAUACCAGAGCUGAGGAGGGCAGAGAUUGAGAUAGUCAAGUUUGCACAAAGGGGUAUGAAUCAAGACACUAAAGCCAGGUCAAAUCCAAUACGUAAACUCAAACCGAUGAAGGAUGAAAACGGAGUAGUGUGUGUGGGCGGCCGUCUCAACAAUGCCAUGCUUUCCUACAGGGCGAAGCACCAGAUGAUCCUUCCCAAGAGACUCCACGUGGUAGAACUAAUCAUCAGUCAUUAUCACAAGAUCACGGGACACUCAGGGAUUGAGCGAGUUCUUACUGAGAUUCGACAAAGGUUCUGGAUCGUCAAGGGGCGGGCUGCAGUCAGAAGGGUAAAUCUGAGGUGCACACAUUGCCGGAAGUGCAAUGCAAAGCCAAUGAAGCAGCAAAUGGCAGAUCUACCGUCAGAUAGGGUGAACCCACCAAAGGCGCCAUUUACAUAUGUGGGACUGGAUUACUUCGGACCAUUCCAAGUGAAGAUGGGAAGAGGAAGGAAGAGAGCCAAAAGAUAUGGCUGCAUCUUUACAUGUCUGACAUCUAGAGCUAUUCAUUUAGAAGUCGCGGGAUCCCUAGACACGGAUGCGUUCAUCAACGCACUGCAGCGCUUCAUUAGCAGAAGAGGCCGACCUGAAAGGAUUCGGUCGGACAAUGGUACGAACUUUGUCGGGGGCCGAAAAGAGUUGAAGCAAGCCUUGGCAGAGUGGAACCUGCAGCAUAUUGAGAGCUACAUGCAGCAGCAAGACAUUGAUUGGACAUUUAACCCCCCAGCGGCAUCUCACAUGGGAGGAAGUUGGGAAAGGAUGAUACGGUCAGUAAGGAAGGUGAUGUCAGGGAUAUUGAAGGAGCAGGUACCUUCCGAGGACGGACUCACAACGCUGAUGUGUGAAGUUGAGGCCAUUAUAAAUGGACGCCCCAUCACCAGACUGUCUGAUGAUCCAGAAGACCUGGAACCAUUGACCCCGAAUCAUCUGUUGCUUCUGCGCAGAGGACCAACAUUACCACCAGGGCUCUUCGUGAAGGACGACCUUUACAGCAAACGACGAUGGCGGCACGUACAAUACCUUGCCAAUCUCUUUUGGAAAAGAUGGACCAAGGAGUACCUUCCAUCUUUACAAGAACGCCAGAAAUGGCUGCAAGACGAAAGAAAUGUCAAGAUAGAUGACAUAGUCCUCAUUGUUGACAACAACAUGCCUAGAAAUGCCUGGUCACUAGGUCGCGUGAUUGAGGUAUAUCCAGGAAAUGAUAACCGUGUCAGAGCAGUCAAGGUUAGAACCCAACAUACACAACUGGUUAGACCUGUCAACAAACUGUGUUUGAUUGAACCUGUAGAGGACACUGAUGAAGUUGAAAAUCGGAUCAAGUAG